AUGGAUAACGACAACAACAACGACAACAACAACAAUAACAACAACAUCAACAUUGGCUACGACAAUAACAAUAAAGAUAACUACAAUAACAACAAUGACAGCAUCAAUGACAACGACAAUAAAAACAAUGACAAUGACAAGAACAACAUCAACGACAGCAAUUCCAAAGACAAUAACAACAACAAUUACAACAACACCAACAACUAUGACCACGACAAUAACAAUGACAAAGGCAAUGAUUACAACAAAAAUGACAACGACAACAUUAACAACGAAAACAGCAACAAUGACAACGAUAAUAACACCAAAAAGUAUGACAACGACAACAACAAUAACCACAGCAAUAACAAUGGCAAAGACAAUAACCACAAGGAUAACGACAACAACAACGACAGCGACAAUAACAACCACAACAUUGGCUACGACAAUUACAAUAUAGAUAACGACAAUAAUAAUAAGGACAGCAUAAAUGACAACACCAACAACAGCAAUGGCAACGACAAUUACAUUGAUGGCAACGACAAUUACAACAACAAGGAUAACGACAACAACAACAACAAUUGCGUGUCAGGAUUGGAUGAUGGAAGAAAGCCAGAGUUUCAGUUCAUGGCGACUGUUCCACGUAGGUCUCCCAUCAGUGACCCAGAGAUACAAGGCAAGUGA